AUGGAGGAAAGAUUGGAUUGUAAACGUAUUUUUAACAAUGAUAUAGAAUAUAUUAAAGAUAAAGCAAAGGAUAGAUUAAUUUAUAAAGAUGUAGAUAUACCUAUGGAUUGUCAAAAUAUUUAUUCUAGAAAUUAUUUUCUGAAAUUUCCGUUAUCAGAGGCUGAACGUCAAUUUCCUAUUGCUUAUGCUAAAAUCGUUUAUAAAGAUUAUCGGUUUUUGGAAGCAGAAUUAGCUACUAAUUAUCACCCCCAAAAUUGGUAUUGUUUUGCUGUUGAUUCGAAGGCGAACGACUCUUUUUAUGAAAAAAUUUUGGGCUUGGCCAGUUGUUUUAAAAAUGUUAUUGUUCCGAAAGAAAGAUUUUCUGUAACCAGUGCUGGCCACGGCAUGGGAAAGGCCCAUCUAUCCUGUUUCAAAGAAUUAAUUAAAAAAGAAAGAAAAUGGGAAUAUUUAGUAACAUUACAGAAUCACGACCUUCAAAUAAAAACUAACGAGGAAAUGGUUCAAAUAUUUAAAUGGCUUGAUGGGGCUUGCGAUUUUGGAUUAGAUUUUCGAUAUUAUGGUCAGAGGGAGAGAAUACAAGGAUUGAGGAGAAAAUUUCAUUGGAUAUUUGAUUGUGUCCAUAUAUUUAAAAAUGGUUAA